CGCUCGCUUGUAAACCGUGAAAAGGAGACGGGGGAGGACGGCGACCGGCGACCGCGCGUGAGAGGAGGGGAAGGGAAGGGAAGGGGAAAAAAAUAAUAACCCGCCGCCCGCCGGCAAUGGCUGCCACCGCCGCCGACGGUGAACUGCACGGGCGGUAGAGGGGGUCCGUGUUUUUUUUUUCUGUGUGCGUGUGUGGUUGGGGCGGUGGUUGCAGCCGGGACUGGUUGUGGUGGUGGUGGUGCGUAACCGUGCUGGGUGUGGUUGGUUGGAGUUCGGGAUUGGGGAUGGCGUGGUCGCAGUAGUGGUUAGGAUUCACGCGAUCGAUGCCGUUCCAGCUCAAGGCCGGGGCCGGACACCACCACCACGGCGCCAUGGACGGGAAGCCGCCGCCGCCGCCGCCGCUCGCGCCCGCCCCGACCCCCAGGGUCUCCCGGCUCCGCAGGCUGCUCGUGAGGGUCUCCGCCUCGGAGCGCAUCGCCGUCGCCGGGGACGGGAAGGAGGAGCGGCCCGCGGCGGGCGGGGUGGAGGCGGAGGUCGGGUCGGUGGGGCUCGACCGCAUGGUGCUCAGCUUCAUGGAGGACUCCGCGGCCGUCGAGCGCCCGCCGCGCGGCCGCUGCAACUGCUUCAACGGCAGCAACUACGAGGAGAGCGACGACGAGGAGGGCUUCUUCCUCCCCUCCGGCCAGGCCUCCGCGCCUGCCCCCGCCGCGGCCGGCGACACCCUGGAGGCGCUCAAGGGCUUGGUGCAGGGCGCCAGCGUCGCGGAGCGGAACCUUCUCGCCGACGCUUCCAGGAUCGCCGAGCGGUGCGGCAGGACCUGCAAGGGCAAGGCCGAGUGCCGCCGCGCCGUCGCCGACGGCCUCAGGGCCCUCGGUUAUGACGCCGCCGUCUGCAAGUCGCGCUGGGAGAAGACCUCGUCCUACCCUGCAGGGGAGCACGAGUACAUCGACGCCGUGGUUGGGGACGGAGCGAGGCUGAUCGUGGAGGUGCACUUCAGGUCGGAGUUCGAGGUGGCCCGGUCGACCAAGGCGUACCGCGCGGCGCUGCAGGCGCUGCCGCCGCUGUUCGUGGGCACGUCCGACCGGCUCGGGAAGAUCGUGUCCGUGGUGGCGGAGGCGGCGCGGCAGAGCAUGAAGAAGAAGGGGCUGCACUUCCCACCAUGGAGGAAGCCGGAGUACAUGCGCGCCAAGUGGCUGUCCCCGCACGUCCGCGCCGGCGACAAGGCCGCGGCCCCGUCGCCCACCGCCCAAGCAACAGCAACGGCGGUGUCGGCAGCAAGCUUCGCCGGCGAGUUCGAGCUCCUGUUCGGCAUGGACCAUAGCGGGGUCACCUCGGCCCCCGGCGAGAAGAUCACGGUGGUGGUGUCGCCGUGGCCCCCGACGGAGGACGCGGCGAGCAAGCAGAAGCCCAGGGCGAAGGUCGUCACGGGGCUCGCCGCCGUGCUCUGAGCGAGGCGAGGCGAGGCGGACAAAUAACCGCCGGUAGAUCGGCGGACGGAUCCCCCGCUCCAAUUUUCCGCCCCCUUUUCCGUUUCUUUCUCCUCGGCGCGCUUCGAUCCGUUGGCGGAUCCAGUUUUUGGUGUUUUCGUGUUUUUCCGGGGUUUUUUGUUUCGGAAAAAAGAGAAAAAAACACUCCCCCAUCCCCUAGUAGUACCGCCACCCUCCAUUAAUUUCGAGUUUUGACCCCCCUUCCAUGUAAGUUUUGUUCUCGCCAUGAGGAGGCUGUGGAGCUUUGAUGAUGCCCCACCCCCUCCCGCCGAGCAGUAUUAGCAGUAGUAGCUGUAAGAGAAGAAGAAGAAGAAGAAGAGGGAGAUCAUCAGGCGAGGCAUGUCGCCGGUUGUUCUCUGCUUUUAUUAGGAAUUAAUCAAUCAAUCAAUCACUUACCUUGCCUUGCCAGUGAA